UGCUGCUGCUACUGCUGCUGGGACCGACCUGCAUUGUAAGAGGACGGGAAGUGUGCUUUUUGGGGGGGCUUAUUGUACGGAAGACGCAUGAAACCGCCGGCAUGUGUGCGUUAAGAGUUGUGCUCUGCCGAACGCUUUGCAGCGUCUCCAAACCUGCCCUGAGAAUGACCAUCCAGAAUGGAUCUGUGAUACCUGCCAGAGACUGCUCUCUGGCAGGAAAUAAGAGAAACACCCUGAGAUGGGACCUGUCACCAGCUGAGAUCAGGACCACAACAGACUGCUUGAUAAACAGAGUAAAGAAGGUGUACGAUGACAUCGGAUCUCUAAAGAUAGAAAAUGUUACUGUCGAAAACACCCUGAAAGCCUUGGCUAAUGUCAAGAUGGAUUAUGCCUCAUCACGUCAUGUUCUUGACUUCCCCCAGUAUGUUUGUCCUUCUAAAGAGGUCCGGACAGCGAGCACAGAAGCAGACAAGAAACUGUCUGAGUUUGAUGUGGAGAUAAGUAUGAGGGAAGAUGUGUUCAAGCGAAUCACUGCCCUGCAGGUAACACUCCAAGACGACCUUUCACCUGAAGAAAGGCGAUUCAUAGACAGGCUUGUUACAUUGGGCAAGAGGAAAGGAUUGCACCUGUCUAAAGAUAUACAGGAGGAAAUAAAAAGAACCUCCAAGCUUAUAAGUGAACUCUCCAUAGAGUUCAACAAGAAUCUGAAUGAGGACAACACGUUCCUUGUGUUUUCUGAGCAUGAGUUGGGUGGGCUAGCUGAUAGCUAUCUCAAUGGACUGGACAAGACAGCAGAUGGGCGUUUUAAAGUGACACUUGAAUAUCCUCAUUACUAUCCCUUGAUGAAGAGGUGUCACAAUCCUGAGACCAGGAGGAAGAUGGAAACCGCUUUUCACAGCAGGUGUAAAGAGGUAAACACAGCGAUCCUGGAGGAGUUGAUACAACUGAGGGCAAAGGUCGCAGACUUACUUGGUUACAGUAGCCAUGCGAACUAUGUGCUGGAGAUUAACAUGGCCAAGAAUGCAAGCAAUGUGUCUGAGUUUUUAGACUCAUUCUAUGAAACGCUGAAGCCAGUUGGAGUCAAGGAGAGGAAGUACAUUCUGGCGCUGAAGAAGCGGGAGUGCUUGAUGAAGGGCCACCAGUUUGACGGACAGAUCAACGCCUGGGACCUUCCCUACUACAUGAAUCAAGUGGAGCAGUGCAAGUUUGCUGUGAACAAGGACAAACUGAUCGAGUAUUUCCCGCUUGACGUGGUGACAGAAGGACUGCUUGGUAUCUACCAGGAGCUGCUGGGCCUCACAUUCACGGAGGUGGAACGCGCUCACGUGUGGCAUGAAAACGUCAAGCUUUACUCAGCCCAGGACGCUAAAACAGGAGAGGAGGUUGGCCAGUUCUACCUGGACUUACAUCCAAGGGAAGGAAAGUAUGGCCAUGCAGCCUGCUUUGGACUCCAGCCCGGCUGCAGAGGCCCUGAUGGAAAACGCAGGCUUCCAGUGGCAGCCAUGGUGGCUAACUUUACCAAGCCCAGAAAAGGUUGGCCCUCUCUCCUCCAGCACCAUGAAGUGGAGACUUAUUUUCAUGAGUUUGGUCAUGUUAUGCACGAGCUCUGCUCUCAGACCGCUUUUUCAGAAUUCAGUGGGACCCUGGUGGAGACGGACUUUGUGGAGGUGCCUUCACAGAUGCUUGAGAACUGGGUUUGGGAGAAGGAGCCUCUGAGGAGAAUGUCUGGCCACUACAAGGACGGCACCCCAAUCCCAGACAACCUGCUGGACAAACUGAUCGCAUCCAGAGUAGCCAACACUGGACUGAUGAACCUCCGUCAGGUAGUCCUCAGUAAAGUGGAUCAGUCGCUACACACCAGCCCUCAUGCAGAUACAACUGAGGUGUUUGCAAAGCACUGCCAGGACAUCCUGGGUGUUCCCGCUACACCAGGUACCAAUAUGACAGCCAGUUUCAGCCACUUGGCUGGAGGAUACGAUGGUCAGUACUAUAGCUAUCUGUGGAGUGAAGUCUACUCCAUGGACAUUUUCUUCAGUCGAUUUAAAAAGGAAGGCAUUAUGAAUCCAAAGGUUGGAAAAGAGUACAGAGGGGUGAUUCUGGAAGCAGGUGGCUCGGUGGAUGGGAUGGACAUGCUGAAAACCUUCCUCGGACGUUCACCGUGUCAGGAUGCCUUCUUUCAGUGCAAAGGACUGAUUAGAUCACAGGAAACUGAAACAUUAUAAUCAGAUUAGACCACUUUGUCAAAGCGAUGCAUAUUUUUAAGUGUCUAGAUGCAGGGUCCAUGUCUGUAGAGAAAUGGCUUUACAUGAAGUGCAUUAUUACUGGGUUUAAGUUUUUCCACUUGGUGAUUUCUACCUCUUGGCAGCUGUUUAAAUGUACAGUAAAUCAUGGAGGGUCCUCAUGAUGAUACUUGUUAUUAAUAACAUUAAUGAUCCAGCAUGCACAUUAUGCACAACCCUUAAAAGGAAGCAGCUAAAUGGAACCGAGCCAUCAUUCAUUCAAUUAUUUACGCCUGCCCUUUUCCUGCUGUGACAUGUCAGAAUCUCCUCCAUGGAAAAGGUGUAGUCGGUGCAUGCACGACUGUAAGUUAUGUGCACUCUGAAAAUCACCUGGAUUUUUUUAAAGUGAUACAGUACUUCAAAGAUCACCAAAGGCUGUUGGAGAUGCUAACACAGUGCUCAUUGUGUCUUUGUGAGGCAGCCAAUACAUCAUAUUUCCAUUACGUUAAAAGAUUGAAAUGUAUAUAUUUACAGAUAUAGACAUGUAGUGAUUAGACCCUAUGUCCAAUCUACAGAAAGAUUUGAAAAUGUUAAAAGGACAAAGUCUUACACACAGCAUACAAUGUCAUAACUGCUCGUGUUCAAGCCAAAUAGCUCACAAAGCCAUAUUGUUAAUGCCUGCGAUAUUUAUCCAGAAAUUCCCCCUUAAAAGGCUUUCGGCUAAUGUGAUGAAAUAUCCCCAAAUCUCUCUUCUCACGAACAGGAUUAGGGGAAUGUGUUUUGUGGAAGAGGGGGGUUUUGCAUAUUUUGGGAACUUAUUAAAAUUCCCCUGCAAGGAAAAAAGUUGUGUAUACACCAGGGGGCGCCACAAGAUAGCAAAUACUGGUAUGUGAGUUUAAUAUAGUGAGGAAAGAUUGUUCUUUUUGGAAUAACACCGUCCGCGCUGAGAAUUCCUGUUUUGUUUAUUUAAAUAAAAUCCCCAUUCAU